AUGGAAGACGAGAUUGAACUCAAAACUGCACCUGCUGAUUUCCGCUUCCCUACAACAAACCAAACCAGACACUGCUUUACUCGGUACAUUGAGUUUCACAGGUGUACAAUUGCAAAGGGCGAUGAGUCUAAUGACUGCGAAAGGUUUGCCAAGUAUUACCGCGCCCUCUGUCCUGGAGAAUGGGUUGAGAAGUGGAACGAGCAGAGGGAGAAUGGAACUUUUCCGGGUCCGCUUUGA